ACAAAUAAUAGCGCGACCUUCGAUUAAGCGAAGUGAUUUAUUUAAGUAAAAGUUAUAUAAAUUAACAUAUCUUUAAAUCAACCAAGUGUUUGUAUUGUUCUUGGAGAAUUAAAUUUAAAAAUAUAUUGGAGUAUUUUUAGUUUGUCUUCGUUAAAACUAGGUUGUGUUUGUAUUUCUACUUGAGUCAAGUAGAUAUGAUUAAAAUGAUAAAGUUUUUAUGGUGUGGUUAUUUAGAUUAAAUAGCUUAAUUGUUGAGUAAACUUGAUUGCUAAAGAAACUAGAUUAAGUUUUUAAUUCUACUUGAUUAUCAACUGCUUUUAAUGCAAAAAAAUUCAUUUGGAUUUGAGAAAAGGGAACAACAUUUUUCAGAGUUUUUCUUCUUCAACUCUUAAGAAGAAAAAAUAAAAUAUAAUAAUAUCAGUGGUUUUUAUUAAGGAAUUACUAUAGUUAAAAAGGCAGAAAGGGAAAAAUAUGAUGAUUUAUUUCAAGAAAGUUAAAAAUAAUAAAUAAAGAUGGUAUUGAUUGUGAUGACCAAGAGAUUCAUUUUAAGACGCAUCAAUCUUCAUCAUCUUAAAAUAAAAAGGAUAAAUAUGAUAGAUUUCCAUUAUCUCAAACGAAAACAAAGAGUUCAAAAUAUUGGUGGUAAGAAUUGUCAAAAAUGUAUGAUAGGUAUGAUGAAGAGUUUUAUGACAAAUUCAUUCAUGAUCAAAUUUAAUAUGGCAGCUGGAAAAGACAAAGAAUUGUUUCAGUCUAACCAAGCUAUACAAAUAAAUAAAAGUUUGUGCGUCGACUGCUCACUAAUCAUAAACAGAGUCGAUUGUUGAUGCAAUAAUUACUGAUUCGUUAAAGCUGGCAACUUCUACUUGUGCUAAAGUACCUUAAAUCCAACAGAUAUCAUUGUUACGAUAUUAA